AUGUCAAUACUCUUUUUUCCACUGUCUGCUCGGCUCUUUUAUGGGAAGAGGGGUACCAUUGUUGUUCCCGUAAACCCUGCCAUCAGCGAUGAUGAUAGCUCAGAGGAAGAAGACAACAAUGUGGCAGAUCCUGACUUCCAUCCACCCACCCACAACCUGGACAUUGAUGGCCCUUCUGCCAAAAGGAAGUGCAUGCGGUCUGCAAUGGAGGUGCUUGUAGAUGAGGACCUGGACGAAAAUUAUGAAAAUCAAGACCCGGCACUAACAGCAAAGAGGACAGCCAACAAAAGGAAGCCAGAACCCCGGCGAACCCUCUGGAAGAAGGUUAACCUGGACAACCCACCCCUGUCUGAAUACCAGCACAUUCCCCCUGACUUCAUCCAAAGUCCAUUUGAUUAUUUCAGCAGGUACUUCAGUCAUAAAGUAAUCUCGCACAUAACAUAUCAAACCAACUUAUAUGCAACCCAGAUGAACAUCAACACCACCUUUGCCACCACUGAGGAUGAAAUUAUGAACUUUGUGGCUAUACUCAUCUACAUGGGGAUUGCGGAGCUGCCCUCUGUUGAUGACUACUGGGCAAUGGAGACCAGGGUCUCGCAAGUUGCAAACCUGAUGUCAUCCAAGCGGUUCAAGUUAUUGAAGAGGGUUGUCCACUUCAAUAAUAAUGCUCAGAUCCCUGGUAACAAUGACCGCUUCUUCAAAGUCCGACCAUUGUUCAACUAUCUGGUUACUGCCUUCAGAAGAGAGCCAGAGACCCCCAAGCAGUCGGUUGAUGAGGUGAUGGUUGCCUACAAAGGUAAAACUGCUGGCAACCUGAGGCAGUACAUAAAAUCCAAGCCAGACAAAUGGGGUUUUAAAUUAUUUGCCAGGGCUUCUCAGGAUGGCUUCAUUCACGACUUGAUCCUAUACCAAGGGCAGACUACACUUGAGGCCCACGGUGUCCCACUGACACCUGAACAACAAGUCAUGGGUGUCACCAGCCAGAUAGUCUCUGUCUUGGCCAGCACCAUGUCCUCCUCCAGCCCAAAAACAAUCUUUGCAGACAAUUACUUUAGUGGCCUAGAUAUUGUGCGAUACCUCAAGAGCCAGAACUGCCGGUACACAGGAACAGUCAGGGACAACAGGACGGGCAAUGCUCCACUCAGGCCCAUCAAAGAGAUGAUGAAGAAGGCUGUCCCUCGUGGUACCUGUGACUACACCACCAGUGAUGAUGGGAUCCUGAUUGUCAGGUGGAAAGACAACAAGGUUGUCACUCUGAUGUCAACAGACAUGGGGGUAGAGCCUUGGUCCUCAGUCUACAGGUACUGCAGUGACACCAAGAGAAAGGAACAAGUGAGCUGUCCAUAUCUCAUCAAGAGCUAUAAUGCAAACAUGGGAGGGAUUGACAAGAGUGACAUGCUGGUCCACCUCUACCGCACUCCUUUGAGAGCCAAGAGAUGGAACAUGCGGCUCUUUGCAUACGCCAUUGAUGUCAGCCUCACUAAUGCCUGGAUAAUGUAUAGGCGUGACAGCAAGGCUCUUGGUGUGAAUGCUGGCCUGUCACUAAAGGACUUCAGGAUCCAGGUCUUCAAGACGGCCAGCAGUUCAAAGUCAAUGACAUCUCGACCCCGUAGGAGCUCAGCACCACUGCCAGCCAGCUCCAGCACCUCUGCUGAUAUCCCCAAGCCUAUCCAGGAACACCGCAGUCACGUACCACACUACUCUGUGCGGUUUGAUAUGUCACUGUUCCAUGCCCCUGUCUACAGCAACAGCCACCAGACCUGCAAGCAAUGCAGCAGGAAGGGUAACAUCAUAAGGUCAAACCUUGUCUGCAGGGUCUGUCAGGUCCAUCUGUGUCUCAAUGCUGAGCGCAACUGCUUUGUCAAGUACCAUGAAGCAGUUGCCUAA